CUGUGUGAGUGAGUGUGGGAGAAUUGUGUCUCAAUCUCAGUUGGUGAAACUGAUACCAAAUAUUUGUAGUUCGUAGUUUUGUAGUAGACUAUAAUAAAUAGAUAUAAUGCAACAUGUAUUGAUAAUAAUUAUAUGACCUAAAGGUUUACAGAUAUGAUAACAUUUGUAUUGGUUUUGAACAAAAAGGCCUAUGAGGCCAUUUUCACUUUCAUUUUUCAAAGGCGUGUGAAUGGUCAUGAAUAAAAAAUACAAAUCCUAAACCAUACUGUGCCUUACAGCAUCAAACUAAAUUGAAACAUUUGAUGUAGAAAAUAUUUCAGGUUAAUGUAUAUUCUCCGUGUAUAGUGCAUUUAUAAUAGGUCUAUUGGUCAUUACUUCUUCCUUUUGGGAAUACAUUUUUUUUGGGGGGGGGGAAAUCAGUUAUAUUUUAUUUAAUCGAGGAGAAUUGAUCAAAUGUCCAUGGACGGUAUGAAUGCUGAAAUACAUCAUGAUGGUUCAGAAUCGAAACGAUAGCGCCUUUUCUCUCACGGCUUGCGCUCGUUUAUAUUCCAAUUCAGGCUGCUUCCUAGAAUAGUUGACCAAUUCGAAAAUAAUCUUCCCUCCAAAUUUGUAAUUGUAGAGUCGCCUAUAUAAUGCAAUGUUGGCCUAAUUCAAACAACGAUACAUUUACUCCGAGUUGUCAGCUACAUUUCUAAACAUUUGGUUAUUUAUAGUGUCAGGUGCUUUGUGUGAUAAAACAAAGUAACAAAAUAACUGCGCGGUUAUGAUACAUGAUACAUUACAUAUUAUUAUUUGUUUAGGCUACAAAUGUAUAGACGUAAAGUUAUUUUGAGCCACACCACCCUAAACGGGAUCCGUGGGACGUCCCAAAUCUGAUGUCACACUACUGAAGUGACAUUUUAUUAAACGGUUUUAGUAAGGGUUAAAGUUAGUUAAUGAUUAUUGUUCAAGUGCAGGUUAGGGUUAGGGUUAGGGUAAUGGACGUCCCAAGGUCUCGGAUAGCACUAACUAUUCUACGAGCGCCCAAGAAGUACAGUGUGGCGAGCUCGAGCGCACUAGCAGUGUGAACGGGACCGUAAUGAACGCAUUAUAAAGCUGUCUGACCCGGUGUGUUCGCUGAGAUUAGCCAAUCAGAGUCUGGGCUGGAGAGCUUCAACAGCAGAGCGGUGUGACAACAUUUGUCAGUUGCAGGUGGAGACGUAUUAGCACAGGACAGGACAGGACAGGACAGGAGGAGAGGGAGGAGAGACUGGAAACACCGCCGGAGAAAUUUGGCUAUAACAAAGAAGGAUAUUGUCAAGAAAGUGAUAACGUAACGUUUUAUAAUAAUUUAUUGAAAAAAACUGAAACAUUCUGGGUAACAGCAGUUUUAAAACUCUCGACAAGAUGUUCUAUCAUUUUGUCUAGAACAACUAUUUCCGACAAAACUUUACCCAGAAGAAUCAUUCUAAUUGCACAAUUUGAGUUGGAGGAAAGUUUCAGGAAAGGUCUACAAUGGCGAAAUCUAAGAACUUUGGAAUCGACGCGCUGUUGGCGCACCGGGACAUCUCCCCGGGACUGCGUUUUGAGGACAGCCGCGUCUCUUACCACCCGUCGGAAACACCAUCCCCGCAGAGGACCCACAACGGUAUCCACAUUCAGAACGGAAUGAUCCACAAACCGGGUCUACUGAACUUCUCCCAGCCGGGACUCACCCAGCUGUCUCAGGGGGCCAUCCAUGGAAUGUAUCCCACUCACAUGUACCGCAUCGCGGCCCUUGGGGGGCAGCACCCUGCCUUUACCUACCCCGGUUUUGCGCAGCAUGCCCAGCAGUACCCAGAGCACCUACACCCAGCAGCUAUGGCUGGGUUCCCGUUAGAACACUGGAUUAGAGCCGGAAUGACGCUUCCAAAACUAGGGGACUACGGUACCUCUUCUCAGGAUAGUCUGAUGGGGAAGUGUCGUAGGCCCAGAACAGCCUUCACCAGUCAACAGCUACUACACCUGGAGAACCAGUUCAAACUCAACAAAUACCUGUCCAGACCUAAACGCUUUGAGGUGGCCACCUCUCUCGUGCUCACAGAGACACAGGUGAAGAUCUGGUUCCAGAAUAGACGUAUGAAGUGGAAGCGGAGCCGCAAGGCCAAGGAGCAGGCAGCCCAUGUACAGGGGGAACACGACUGCCCACACAGGGGGAAGAACAGCACCAAGACUGGGUCUGGAGAUACCCGGAACUCUGGUACCCUAGAGGAUGAGGAGGAUCUGGAAGCAGAAGAGGAAGAUGAGGAGGAUGUGUUAAGUGCUAGUACAUUAGCAGCUGGAGUGGGUUUAGUGUCUCACCCCGCAAAUUUCCUGAGGCACACCGUUACGGAUCUCAGCUAUAGUUCUCAUGGUUUUUACUCAGAAGAUGAACUAGAGGACCGUGGACCUGGGCUGGAGAGGAGGGUUGGGGUGGGUUUAUGAGGAGA